AGGCUGAAGAUGACAGCGAUGUACUAGAAGAUCUCUGAGAUGAAACACAGUUUGGGAGAGACCACAGGAAAGAAGGUGCACAAGAGGAGCCCGAGCACAAAAACUUUGGGGAGUUCAACAUAGACAUCAACAGCGUUUUUGAGCACCUGGUGGAAACUCGAGUUCCAGAUCCUGGGUCUCCCUACGAACUCAUUCCUAGUUGACGGUGGAACACGUGCCUGAGCAUGAACUGUUGACCCUAGAAGUGGCAUACCCCCUUUUUACCCAACAUCCCCGCCCUGACCUCGGCCAACGACAACAACCACAUCAACAGCAACCUCGACGUCCCCCACCAAGUGGCUUGGAAGCAAUCUGACAUUGCUCUCCAUAACCUCGUUUGCCAAAGUCGAGGCUUGUCCUCCGUAGCAUUCCCGACAACACAAUACUUAUUCUACCCUCCACCAUGAGUGUCGAUCUCUCGAACAACAACGCCAAUAAUACUCAAAGUAUAGCCGAUUAUUUGGCCCAGCUCCUGAAGGACAAGAAGCAAAUCGCAGCCUUCCCCAAUGUAUUCAUGCACGUUGAAAGGCUCCUGGACGACGAAAUUGGCAAAGUCCGAGGUAAUCUGUUCCAAAUAAAUGGCCAGAAAAACGAACCUCUCGUUCUUCCUGAUGGCAUUGGAGCUCCAGUCAUUCUUUCAGAAAAAGUCUACGUCCCAGUCAAAGAAUAUCCAGAUUUCAACUUCGUGGGCAGGAUUUUGGGCCCCCGUGGCAUGACCACCAAACAAUUGGAGCAAGAGACUGGUUGCAAAAUCAUGGUCAGAGGUAAAGGCUCCAUGAGGGACAAGAAGAAGGAGGACCAAAACCGCGGCAAGCCCAAUUGGGAACAUCUGAACGACGAACUUCACGUGCUCAUCACAGUGGAGGAUUCCGAAAAUCGAGGCCAGCUCAAGUUGCAGCGAGCGGUGGAUGAAGUCAAAAAACUACUCACAGUGUCUGACGGCGAGGAUGAACUGAAAAAGCGUCAGCUCAUGGAACUCGCCAUCAUCAACGGAACCUAUCGUGAUUCUCAAUCAAAACUUGCCGGAGGUAUGGAAGGUGCUUUGGAUGCAUCGCGGUUCUUAGCCAGUAACCAAGCCGCUGCGCUUCAAAACAUGAUGAACCAACAGAACGUGGCCGCUCUGCGCAAUGCGGCUGCGCACGCCAGCAGUAUGGGCGGAGCCCCGCUCAUCCUCUCGCCCCGUCUUCAAGUCCCCACGUCACUCAGCAAUGCAGUUUUAAACGGAUCCGGUCCGCCGCCUUUGAUCGCGCCCGGUGACACCCAGAGUCUUUUGUACGCCCAAUACGCCGCUGCCGCUGACUACGCCAACUACUCGGGACUUAUGUCGCCUCUCAUCACCUCUGCGGACUACUCAAACACGGCUGUUUCCUCGGCUGAUCCCUCUGUAGGUGUGUCCGCAGCCGGUGUUGUCACUUCCGCUGCAUCUGCGGCGGCUGCGGCAGCGGGUGGAGGAAAGGAUCGCAGGGUCCUGCACGUGUCUCAGACCUCUGCUCCCAGUGCCUUAAGGGCACAUCCCUAUUCCCGGACCUGACUGAACUAAUCAUUAAUCUCACAGGUUAGUUAGAGCACUCACAAGAAAUAAACCAAGAGCAUUCAAAAUGUGUCGGGUGGCUUUAAGGUGCUUCUUCUCCUUCCUGAUCGUCCAAGCAGCUGCUUGAGUGUGAAUGCUUCUUUCAAAGGCUGAAUGAGGCACCUCAUGAUGAUCAUAAUAGUCCGUUGACAAUUAAUACGUUAAUCUUGUUCAUAAUCUGCUCAUUCACAUUAAAUAUCGGACAGGGAAUGAAUGACCCUUUUUCGUUUGGUGGGUGUACAGUCUCUCUCCUUCUCUUGAAGAAAUGAAAGCAAGCAAGCAAAGCAAGCAAGCAAGCAAACAAGCAAACAAGCAAACCAACCAACCAAGUCCUGUAAAUUUCUCUCUCGUCACCAAAGUCGUCCCGGCACAAGUUGCCAUGGUCUUACUAACUCGUUCACUCCUUCUUCAGUCCAUGAAAUGAUGUCAUCAAAAUCACCUUCUCCGAGAAUUACCUGCCCACGUGGUCGUGAUGAAUCCCAGGUGCCAUUUCUCUCGCCUCAAAACAAACGAAACACAGCCUUCGUCUUUUGAAGGCAGCCCCUUUGGGUGGGCUUUUUGGCGGAGACUCUCCUUCUUUAAAUGGAAUGAUGUGGCCUUUCUACUCAAUCAAGUAACACCGCUUCCAUUGCUACUACUUAUAUUGCCACUCCUCUUCCACUUUCGCCGCUAGAACUGCUUCCACUGGCCAUCAAAACUGCUUCCACCACCAAUAUCAAUUUGACGUGCUCUUGCGUUCCUCACCACUAUUACUAUUGCUAUUACUUUUAAUACUUCUUCCCCUUCAGUAACAGUAACCCAUUUACAUAAGAAAUGACCACUUCUUUCCGUCUGCUUAACCUUUACUUACUGACCAUCACAACUGCUACUACUAUUAUUACUAUCACUACUACUACUACUACUACUAC